GGACAGCUCAGACAGUCGCUGGCUUUUGCCCGCUGCUGCUCGUGCCGCCUGUGGGUGCAUCCUGAACCGCGUGUUAGCUCUGUCCCAGACGAAUCCCUAAGGAGCUCCGAAGAACCAAGAAUAUGACCAAGGAACUUGUAGUAGAAAAAAGCGACCUGGAAUAUGAGAAGAAUGGCAGAGAUCACUGGACUUCUAACAUGUGCCAGGACCGACUGGUGGUCAGAAGGGGCCAGCCAUUCAGCAUCUCCAUAUAUUUCCAGGGCAGGGGCUUUGAGGCAUCUGUGGACAAAAUCUACUUCAUCGUAGAGACAGGACCCUACCCCAGUGAAGCUGCAGGCACCAAGGCCAAAUUCGCCCUCUCUGACAAUGUCCAAGAGGGGAACUGGGCAGCUUCUGUAGUUAGCCAAGAAGGAAAUAAGCUACAACUGACAAUCUCCUCCCCGCCCACUGCUCCCAUUGGCUUCUACAAACUCUCCAUGGAGGUCAUCACAGGAUCCCAUAGUAAUAACUUCUCCAUCACCGGCUUUAUACUCAUCUUCAAUCCCUGGUGCCAAGCGGAUUCAGUCUAUAUGGAGAAAGAUGACCACCGGAAUGAAUAUGUCCUGAAUCAGUAUGGCAUCAUCUUUCAGGGGUCCUCUACAUACAUUAACACGAUCCCAUGGAACUUUGGACAGUUUGAAGAUGGGAUCAUAGACAUCUGCAUAGAACUCCUGGACAUGAGCCCCAAAUUCAUUACAGAUGCCAGUCGAGACUGUUCCCGGCGUGGCAGCCCUAUCUACAUUAGUAGGGUCAUCAGCGCCAUGGUCAACUCUAAUGAUGACAAGGGAAUCUUACUUGGGCGCUGGGAUAACAAAUACAAGGAUGGAGUACACCCCAUGGCCUGGAUAGGAAGCGUGGACAUCCUGAAGAAGUGGAAGGAGAAUGGGUGUACUGCGGUGAAAUAUGGCCAGUGCUGGGUUUUUGCUGCUGUGGCUUGCACAGUGAUGCGGUGCCUAGGAAUACCAAGCAGGGUCAUAACCAAUUACAACUCAGCCCAUGAUUUCAAUGCUAACCUGGUCAUUGACUUGUACAGAGACGAGAAAGGAGAGAUCUUACAGAAAAUGAGUGAAAUGAUAUGGAAUUACCACUGUUGGGUUGAAUCCUGGAUGACCCGUCCUGAUCUAAAGCCAGGGUGCAAUGGUUGGCAAGCUAUUGAUCCCACUCCCCAGGAAAAAAGUGAAGGGACAUACUGUUGUGGCCCAGCUUCAGUCAGAGCCGUCAAGAAUGGCGAUGUGAAUACCAAGUAUGAUGCUCCCUUCGUCUUUGCCGAAAUCAAUGCUGAUGUGGUGGAAUGGAUGAAGAAAAAUGAUGGGACUACGGUAAGGCUUCGUGCCAGAACGACGACGGUAGGCGUCAUGAUCAGCACAAAAGCUAUAGGCAAGGAUGAGAGAGAAGACAUCACUUACGAGUACAAGUAUCCAGAAGGGUCCAAGGAGGAACGGGACACAUAUGAAAGAGCAAAUCACCUGAACAAGCUGUCUUUUAAUGAUGAGCCAGUGGACGAUUGUCUGAAGAUUAAGAUCAAAGCAUCCCCAGACAUGAACAAGGGUAGCGACUUUAAUGUCUUUGGUGUGAUCAACAACAUUUCGUCAGAGGAGAGAACCUGCCGGCUACUGAUGGCUGCCCGGAUAGUCAACUACAACGGCAGGCUCGGGCCUGAGUGCUGCAGGAAAGAGCUGCUCUCUGUGACCGUGGCACCCUUGUCUGAGAAGAAAAUCCCCCUGAGGAUCAUCUAUUCACAAUAUUGUGACCACUUGAAUGACAGCAACCUUAUCAAGGUGAAGAUGCUCCUCCAAAUACAAGAGUCCCAUGCUAUCAUGAUAACUGAGCGAGAUAUCUACUUGCAGAAUCCGGAGAUCAAGAUCAGGAUCCUAGGAGAACACAAGAAGAAUCGGAAGUUGGUGGCUGAAUUGUCAGUUAAAAACCCUCUCCAAGUUCCCAUACUUGGCAGCACCUUUACUGUGGAGGGAGCUGGGCUGACUCAGCGGCAGAAGAGAGUUGAGGUCCCUGGACAAGUGGACCCUGGAAACACUGUCACAGUCCGAGUGGACCUGAUGCCCCGGUGGUCCGGACUGCACAAGCUGGUGGUGAACUUCGAAAGUGACAAGAUGAAAGCAGUGAAGGGCUCCUGGAAUGUGGUCGUUGGAGAAUAAUUCAACUGAGAAGCCGCUCGUCGGCCCUAGAGGGAUGGGGAGCAAACCCCAGUCUCCCCAUGCCCAUCCCAACCCACACAACUGAGCCUAAUCACACCCUGUAGGACAACUCCUAAGAUGUACCCCAUCAAAACAAGGAAAUUCAAUCAAGAGUCUUUCCCUUCCCCCUAAUGUCCUAGGCCCCAUGGUGGUUCUCUAGGUCCACAGGAUCAAAGAUGGUCCACAGCCAUCUUUGGCAGUCAUGGGUUGUCUGGGUUGCAUCUCUCUGGCCUAUUACCCUUCCUAAAAUCCAGAGCCCCCUGAAAAGGGAGGGUUUUUAAUGUUCCUCGGUCAUAGGGAGGUUCCUUUUCCCAUGAUGCACCAGUACCAUGACCAUGACAGGGCAGUUCUGACAGUGGCUGGCGACUGUCGGAGAUGUAAUGCCCUGUUCCUGGCCUUUAACUAUUUUUCUGCAGACAGAAAACUCCCCUGUCCCAAUCAGGGGUCCCCUUCUUGUAUCAUCAGGCCAUGGGUCUAGACCAGGAUGGUCAGUUUCAACCUAUACCCUCCCUCCUAUCCCCCAAGCUAGCCCUACCAAGAGAUAGAGGAUACAGUGGGAGGUUUAGACAAGCAAAAAGAUGGCUCCUAGAGUUAGGGGGAUCAGGGAGCUUGAUACUGGGGACUGGUAGAUGAAUCUGCAUCAUAUUCAAGAAAUAAGUAGGAUGUAGUGGAAAGAACCCUGGGCUGGGAAGUAAGGAGGCAAAGCUGCUGUCUUGAAAUACCUGUAGGGCUGUUACAUGGAAGAUGAUCUUUUUCUGAUUGGUUCCAGAGAGCAGAACUGGGAGAAACUGAUAGAAAUCAUAGGGAGGUUGAUUUCAGCUCAAAGAAAGACCUCUUUAAAAAUCAGAGCUGAUCCACAAAGGAAUGGAACUGCCUCAAGAGGUAAUGAGGACCUUUGUUCCUAGAUCUCCAAGGACAGACCACUUGUCAGGGAUGUUACAAGUGGACUGCUGCACUGGAAAGGGAGCUGGGCUAGAACUGAGGCUCCUUCCAAUUUAGGAUUUCUAUGAUUUUAACCCAAUCUCUGCUAAGGCAUUUCCUAUCUCUGGGCCUCUGUUACCUCCUCUGUCAAAGGAAGUGAUUGGUUUGGAUAGCAUAGUCUCUUUACCGUGCCCUUCCCGUCAAGCUCUGAGACUCUGAGUAGAAAGGUAGGACUAGCGCCUACAGUCCUGUCCUCCAGAGAGCCAAGUUAUUCACUCCAUGUCAGAGCCUGGAGGCUGGGAGCCCAUGGGACAACAUGUGCUUUGUUCUCAAAGGCAUUAGGCUACCUGCUUGUUAGGUUCCCAAGAACUACCAGGUGACUGUAAUAUUCAAUUUGCCUUCACAUUUCUCUCUCCACCUUUGUCAUUAUGUCUUCAAGUCAGCCUGACUUUGCCACAUCUUCCUCCUUUCUUUCUCCUACCAUUCUCAGUACCUGCACCAGACCUUCUGGGGGCAAAGCUAAGAUUCUUAGGAGCCAGCCUUCUGUAUUAGCUUGUAUUGAUGCUAACCCCAGGCCUAACCUCAGGCCCUUCUCAUUGCACAGCCUCUCAGCACAGAUCUGGAGACUUAGAGUGAAGCAGGGAGGACAGGUCUUCAAAGCUACAGCUUCCAGCAGAACUUGAACAUCUUUGAACAAGGUCUAGCAAGCUUGAGGAUGCUGAAGAUAGAAUUCUUGUUCAGGAAGGGGUGGAACUACAAGGAUUUGAAGAUUCUUUGUAACACUGAUUUAGGGUUUCUGUGAUAAGAUCUGCCCAAGCUUGUGUGCCAUUCACAUAGCUUUAAAAAAAAAAUGUAGGGUCAUCUUCAUGAGAAACAACAUGCCAGAAAAAAAGGGACCAAUAGGGUGAGGAGUCCUGAAACCACCUAAAUAGAUGAAUAUAAGUUGAAGGAGCUAGGGAUUUUUAGCCUAGUGAAGACAGGAUGACAGUUGCCUUCAAAUCCUUUAAGUGCUAUCACAAGAAAGAUUAGACUUCUACUUAGUUCCAAAGGGCAGAACUAUAAACAAUGGAGAGACGUUACAAAGAAGCAGAUUUUUAUAUGAGUGAAAAAAAA